CCGUAAACGAAAUGUAGAGCGAGAGACGCUAGACCCGGGGCGGAAAUCAUUCAUUGAUUUUGACAGGAUUUCCAGAUGAAGGAGCUCCAGACUUGCUUUCUGUAAAUACAGGCAGUGAUGUCUUCUAACAUGUGCACAAGACUUUUGUGCCAUGUUGGCAGUGGCAGACUGUCUGUCUGUUUCUCAGCUGGCUGGUAUGCUCUUUCUUCCUUGUCCUGCCAUUCUAAAGUCUUGCACUCCCAGGCCCGGGCCAGCUCCUCUCAUGGUAGAAGGUCAGAUGGUGACUCAAGCCAAGGCAGAGUGCAGGGACUGUCUACUCCUAUACGAGAACUGGACUUCCAGUUGAGCAGGCUGCAGAUUGAUGGAGUACUGCGUGCUAAUGAGCAAUCUGUGCGUAUUCCAGAGUUUGACAGGCGUGGUGGUCCAAGCCCUGUGCUGAAGUUUGAGAGUAAUCAGCUUGCAGCCAAUUCUCCAUUAGAGGACAGGCGCAGCACUGCCACUUGCUUGCAAACUCGGGGCAUAUUAUUUGGUGUGUUUGAUGGUCAUGGUGGUCAUGCAUGUGCUCAGGUUGUUAGUGAGCGGCUGCAUUAUUAUAUUGCUGUGGCGAUGAUGUCUGAGUCUGGCUUGGAAGACCUGGAAGCUGCAAUGGAGACCCUACGCCCUGUGCCCCCGAUCCUGCAGUGGUACAAACACCACAAUGACUAUAACUACCGCGAAUCUGCUUCUCUGUAUGUCAAUCACUUGCGCGUUUACUGGCAGGAACUGCUUGCAAGUGAAGAACACGGUGAUGGAAUGAGCCCAAGUGAAGCCCUUAGUUAUGCUUUUCAGCGCUUGGACACGGAUCUCUCCUUGGAAGCUCAGGUUCCACUGGCGAGUGAUCUUAUGCGUAACACGGCUGUCCAGGCUGCUUUUGCAGGCUGCACAGCAUGUGUUGCUCACGUGGGACCCGAGGGCAUAUAUGUGGCGAAUGCUGGAGACUGCCGGGCUGUGUUGGGGGUGCAAGAGAGUGAUGGGAGUUGGAGUGCUCUGCCUCUUUCACAGGACCACAAUGCUGCCAACACAGCUGAACUACAGCGGGUACGUUCACAGCACCCAUCGAGUGAGCACCAAACGGUCAUCGUAGAUGAUAGGCUGCUGGGGGUACUGAUGCCAUUGCGUGCAUUUGGGGACGUUCGCUUUAAGUGGUGUCGUGAGCUGCAGCAGAGCGUGCUGGAGAGUGGAGGCUGUGACUUGGAGGCACUGAACCUCUAUCAGUACGCUCCGCCGAACUACCUCACACCACCUUACCUAGAGGCCACACCAGAGGUCACCUAUCAUCGUCUCCGGCCACAGGACCGUUUUAUGAUCCUGGCGUCGGACGGUUUGUGGGAUGAACUGGACAACGAGGAGGCAGUCAGGCUGGUGGCAGAACACUUGACAGGCAUUCACCUGCAGGCACCGGUCUCUGCCAGCCAGCGGCAAAUCAGUCUGGGACAGAUGCACCAGUUGUUGCUACGCCGACGGGCACGUGCGACGCCGGCCCUUGACGUGAAUGCAGCCACUCAUCUGAUUCGCCAUGCUCUUAGCACCAAUGAGUACGGAGAGAUGGACCAGGAGAGGCUGGCAGCCAUGCUCACACUGCCAGAUGACCUGGCACGCAUGUAUCGAGAUGAUAUUACAGUCACUGUUGUAUAUUUUAACUCCAGUCUAAACAAACCAUCCCGGAAUAAUUAGUACAUUUAUGAAGUCCACUGAUUAACAUUAAUCAUGUCAGUUUAUUUAUAGAAGCUAAUGUAACCUAAGUAGUGUUUAUUAAAAUAUAAGUAUAUGUUUCCUGUUAUGUCAUUUACUGGUAUGUUCAGUGUUUCUCUGUGAUCUGUUGUGAGCGUUUAGGUUGCUGUUUUAUCACACACACGCACGCACA